GUUGCAUCUCUUAUAUUUGUAUUUACAACUUUCAGCAGUUUCAGUUUGAUUCGCUUUGUCAGAGACCUGUGUCAUGGUAGCAGUGGUGAGAAACUCCUGGCUGAAAGAAUCCUUAUCUUAACCCUGGUGACUCUUCUUAACAUCCCAAACCACUAUGUGGAUAAAAAAUUUGAAGUUUCUAUCAGGAAAGAACUAUUCCAGGUAUGAGUUUAUGAUAAAUAAUUAUAAAUUGUUCUUAUGUGCCUUAAAUUUUUACUUAGAUUCUUAAGUUAAAAAAUCAUUUAUGAUCACAAAAAUUUUCCCUUUGUUGAUUUCAGUUGGAUAAAGCUGUACCUAAACGUCUAGAAAGUCUCAUACAUGUUGCCAAGAAAGGUAAAAGGUACCCUGAUGUAGCCAGUUGUCUGGCUAAAUACUUCAGUCUUAAGCAGCACAAUGAACUCGUGUAUUGUACGUGGCACAACAAUUCAAACAACCCACUGGGGUUAAGGCAACUUGAC